CAAAAUAUGAAAUUGCAUAUGACCCAACCACAUUUCCCACGUCAUCAUUAUUCACCAGUCCAAAGUAAAGAACAAAUUUACUAAAAGUCUCACUUAAAUUGAUAUACCUCUUGGCUCUACCUUCUGUGUUGAUUUUUGGUUCCUCCUAAGGUUUUAUUCUUAGAUGUAGGAAGGAUUUUGUUCCUGCUAGUGCCACUCUGUAAGGCUCAAAUGGGAUAUUGUAUAUUGUUAAAAAUCCUGUGUAAAUGGUGCAGACAAAUUAAACUGAAUCAUCUGAAACGCAAUUGAAUCAACUCUUAAUUGGGUCCAUUUGAGCCCCAACAAGGUCUCAAGUCGAGGUUGCUCUUUGUGUAUAAAGAGACAACAGCCUCCCCUAGUGACUUGACAACGACAAUGCUGGAAAAAAAUCACAUGGUAAGUCACUGGUAUCUUGCAAAUAGUUUAUCUCCAUCUAAACACUUUUCAAAUCAGUUUGGCAAGGAGUUUGUGAUUGGUGGAAAUUAAUUAAUGUUAUGUUCUGUAGAAAAUAUAGAUAUAUAAUAUCAAAAUUACCAAAUGUUUGCCCAAAUUUAUGGAAACUCUUUAUCUUGGUGAGCUGGGUCCUACCACAUUAGUGCGAAAAAUACCCUUAGGUUCAUCUUUCAACACAAUUUUUUCUCAGUAGAUGAGCACAAUGUACAUAAUCGUGUCACCCAAUGACAGUAAGUACUAGUUCCUUAUUUCAUAAUUUCCUUAUUUGAAAGUACAGUGAACAGAUGUGCACAAAAUGCACUCUGCUUUUCCGCUACCAACCUCAGAUGCUAGAUAUGCUGUCGCAAUGUCUCAGACAGCCACAGAGAGAGAGAGUAAGUGAGGGAACUGCAUGUCUGCUAAUGUACUAGAAGAAAACUACAGGAACUGACAGUUGGAGGUGGGUGAACCAUAUUCACGGACGCUCACACUGUCACACGCUAAACUACAAUGCAUCAAGCAACAGACUAUUCUCUCCUGGGAGCAUCAGGAGGGACAUCGCCACCUGCACUGCCCAUCAAACAGCGCAGGAGCAGGUCCUCUUCAAGCUCCAUCCAGGAUCUAGAGCUGAAGUUGGGAGAUCUACACUUGCCUGGACCACAGACUCCUGUGUCUCCAUUUAGUGAAGUGUUCACUCCUACUUACUGUAAUGCAGUCCACUGUCCAAUACAUCAUCGCUACGAAAAUCACCAGGUGAGAUUCUUCUCAGACGAAACUCCUCCACCAGUGCCUAAAAAGAGUCUGACGAGAACCCGAUCCCUCCCAGAGGAGACUCUGGACCCACCAUACCGCGAUCAUACAAGAACCUGCAACUAUGAAAAUCCCCUAUAUAUGAUAACACCAUUCCACAACGCUCCUGCACUACAAGAGGAAGAGGUACAAGAGGAGAAAUAUCAGGGUCUGUCCUUUGAUACACCAGAUGAGCACCUCCAAAAUGUCUUCAGAAGCUUCCAGAGAUAUGAGGAAGUUUCCAUGGGCAUCCAAGAGUGUUAUCUCCAGUUUCUCAAGAACUUUUUGCAGAACAUUGAAUCGAGCAUUUUCCUUAAUGAACAGGAAAUGGAGAUGGUAAAGACUUCUGAGCCUAAUGACUUUAUUUUGUAUGAGCGGCAGUGGACUGAGAAGGAUGGUUUCUACUUGGUGCAUUGUCUAAAGAUUCCCGGGAGACUGUUUUCAGCAAAGGUUCACAGAGGAGAUCCAGUAUCAGACUGCACCAUGUCCAUGCCACAUCCUAACACUGAGCAAGGUUUGGUCCAUUUUUCACAGUGCACAGCUACGGAUCAAACCUCCACCUCACAGCAUGCUCAGACCACUCCAGAGACUUUACACGUGGACACCGAUAAAGUAUGCCAACAGCGAACAGUUUCUGAUCUUCUGGAGAAAGGUGUUAGUGUGACUGUGCUAAGAGACUUUCCAUUGGGAACUCUGAAGGACUUUGUUGAGGAAGGACACUCUUUGCACUCCACCCUUCCUGAGGUUUAUGAGAGGAGGCUUUGUCUUCUUGCCCUCCAGUUGGUGCUAGGACUACAGCAAAUGGGACGUUUAAAAGUCAUUUACAGGCAAAUUAAUCCACAGAGUGUGACAUUAGCGUGGCCUAGUAUGUGCAAAGAGGCUGACUCUAAUGAUUACCCUAGUGAGAUGAAAAGGGGAAGCAUGAAUGUAGACACUUUUACAGGCAUACCCAUAAUCACAGUGUCCAAAGAGCACACAGACAACGUAAGGACGAAAAGUGAGAUUUGUCAAACCCUAUGGGAGAAGUGGGGCACACCUCGUUUGGUCCUGAAGAGUCAUUUUGAGGAUGAGGAUCUGCAAGAAGCAAAAUCCCAAGAGUUCCAGUUGGGGACUUUGCUGAGGUACUGCCUACAUCUUAGUGACAGUUGCUCAUCUGUGUGGAAGGUGCCUCGAGGAACUCCAUACACUCCAGGCUUGCUGUGGCUGGUCACCCAGCUUACAUCUGAGAAACCUGGGCUACUGAUAGCCGAUGUGACGGGUGUCCUCCAGGCCCUGCUUUGGGGUCCUCGACAGGGUCUCUUUCAGCAGAACCAAAUGGAGAAUUCUGUGUUUUCUAAUUGGCUACUACUUAAGCGUUCUCUUUUGGUUCUCAAGCUUGCCGAAAAAGGACUCUUUCAGGAUCAGUCUGGCUUGGACUGGGAAGACUAUCUCUGUCUGCAAUAUCUAUCCCUUACUGACCCAGAGACUAUGCGUACCAUAACUGAACGAAUGGGCCUUCAUGAUUUUGUUACAACUGCUUAACAUAUAAAAAUGUAAAUAGUAAGGACAGCAAUUGUGAGUUGGUGAGCCUCAGAUGUAACUAAUCUAUACUUUGUAAUAUCACUGAUAUGAUGUAAAAGAACAGUUUUACAAUCUGAAGAACAGAUCACCUUUUCCCAUAUUUGUAAAGUCAUAUUCAUGAGAUUCUGUAUACUUCAGAAGCCCUGCAAAACACACAGAAAAAUCUAGAUAUUGUGGCCAAAAAUUAAGAAUUGGUGCCAUAUUUUAUUAAAUUGGGGCCAAAUUUGAGUUAGUGUCCUCACAUUUUAUUUUUGGGGGGGGGGGGGGUAAAUUGUUACGAUGUUGUACUAACUUGACUUCGCUUAGGUACAUCAUUGCCACAAUAUAAAGGAACUUUUUUUUUCCUUUGUCAUGUACGAGGCCUAUACAUACGAAACCACUCCCCCCCCAAUUCUUCUUGCUACAGAAGAAACAUGCAAAACACUUUUUUCUGCUUUAUCAUAGUCAGAGGGAUCAAGUUACUCUGAUUUACAGUACAGGCUGAUGGCAAUAAACCAUGUAUUGCAAAAUCAGCUUAUUGUUGGACCUUGACCUUGUGGCAUUUACUUAACAAUUCCAGGGAAAAAAAAAAGUGCAAUAUGAAACAUUCAACAGGGUUAAGUGCACAAUAAAGCCUUCUGAAAACCACUAAAACAAGUCAUAAUAAAUUUACAUUAUGCUUAAGAAAAUGAAAAGGUAGUAAAACGAAGGUAGUUAUGUAAGGUGAGCCUUUUUAUUCUGCACACUGUCAAACAUGCGGACAGAUCCUAUUGGAGUCAUAACUAAACUCCAAUUCAUGCACACAAGAAAACAUCUUUAAGACACUGGUAAAAAGACAAUUAACAUCAGCAAUGAAAACCACGAUUCUACAAACACUGUUGCUUGAAGGAUCUUAACCAUAAAUAUUAUGCACUAAAGGAUCAGUGUGGGAAUGGUGAAGGGGAAAUCAGCAAAGAAUCAAAUUGCAUUGAAAGUUAAGCCCAGUGGUAAUGUCUUAAACCAAUGGUCACAAAUUUGGUUAACACUAGUGCAAAAAACGACUGAAGAGA